AUGCUCAUGAGUGAUGGACUGUUACGGGUAUUCUGGCCAUAUGACCUCCCGCGCUCUUCAUUGCCGGGUGUGAUUGUCGGGUGGCGGAACUCAGAGCUUGAUUUAUUCGUGCUCACGGUCUUGGAGGAUGUCGAGCCGCGCAAUGUUGAUAACGCACUUCGCGCAGGGAUUCUGUUUCGCAACAGUCCUCACCCCAUCGUACGUAUAUUCAAUCUAUGCGGCCGCUCUCAAAUGCAUGUGCUUGGCUCGACCAAUUCCACUGUCCCAAAUACAUCAUUCAGCUCUUCACAUCUUGAGGUGACUGCAACCCCACCACUGAAAGCCCCUCGGAUAUACUGUCCCCAAGAGGCAAAUCUAUCUGUCCAGGUGAUCAUGUAUCACAGGCCACACCCUACGCGCAUGGAAUACAUGUCACUCUAUCCAAUUUCCUUGGCCCUUGGCGACAAGGCAACCAAGAAGGGUCCAUGGGGUCCUUCAUCAGAUAAGAACGAGCAAGAGGAAGGCGACAAGACUGGGUCCAAGGGUCUGGUUGAGAAGCUCAAGCUCCACUCGGUUGUCAAACAUGUUCCAUCGCAGAAGGAACAAGCGCUCCCGCUGAUUAUCAACCAAGUCAAUUGUGCGCAUGAAAUGGCACAGCUCAUGCAUAAGAACAGUCAUUUAAUCGGCAUUCGCGCUAAAAGGAGUAUGAGUGUUAGUGAGCGUGUGGUGGAGUCGGCAACCACACUGUGGGGAUUCAUCGUCCUCUGUAUUGCUCACGUCUUCUGGGAAUGGAUCUGGCCUGUUGUCACGCGAGUGUUCGUCAUGGGACUUGUGUGCCAUCGCUCAGUUGCGGAGCUUGUCCUGCAAGUUCUCGAGUGGCGUGCUCGGCCUGACGCUGCCGCUCUCAAAGAUAUAUCGGCAACUGCUCAACAGGUUGACAUACGGUUACAACAAUUCUGCUACUGGCCGAUCCAGUAUGUCAAGCUCCGGCAGAGAAAGGAUAACUGGGAGAGUGUGACGACUAGUCAUCCGGAUUAUAUCCGGUUCUACAACAGCCUGUGGCUUGUGGCCAACGAUGUGAUCAUCGGAAUUGCCAUGGGAUCCUACAUCAUUGAUAAUGCGAACUGGGUGGCUUCGCAAAUCAACACUGUUUUAACUGGCUGGACUGUGGAAGGACUCCAGCGUACCAUUUCCUGGUUGAUGGACUGGCCAGCUGGUUUGAAGCUGAACAAUGAACUUGCAGCCUUCCUUGGUGAUCUGUUUCUUUGGGUCAUUGAGAAUUGGGCAGCUUGUAUCGCCAAUUUACAACCGUUUCUGCCUACCGUCAUCUGGUUGGUAGGAUGUUCCAGCUUUGCAGGAGCCAGCAUGCCAAUUGCGAUAUUCUCCGACCUCCUUUCGAUCCUGACAGUCCACAUUUAUUCCUUCUACAUUGCCUCCGCAAGAAUCUUCAACUGGCAGCUCACGAUCAUCAUCUCCCUUUUCCAUCUUUUCCGCGGAAAGAAACGCAACGUCCUCCGCAACCGAAUAGACUCAUGCGACUACGACCUAGACCAACUUCUCCUUGGCACUAUCCUUUUCACCGUCCUCUUCUUCUUACUCCCAACAGUCGUGGUCUUCUACCUGACCUUCGCAUCUGCCCGGAUGUUAAUCAUUUCCAUGAAGGCAGGAUUUGACACCUGCCUCGCAUUCCUGAAUCACUUCCCUCUCUUCGCAUUGAUGCUUCGCGUCAAAGACUCCCGCCGUCUGCCAGGUGGUAUUCGCUUCGAACUCCGCGAGGACCAAAAAGGCUCCGACUCUGCCCUGACUUCCUACAUCCACCUAGAGUCAAUCCCACUUCCCCUCCGCGCAAUGUUCGACCAGUAUUUCCAGCUUGGCCACCGGCUGAGGAAACAUUACCUUGCUCCCCGCGUCAUCUUCUGCCUCGUUACUGGCCGCUUCGUGCCACCCAUCCACAGACGCAACCUCUACAGUAUGCAAUAUAGCAUGCUCCCUGCCCGUCGUGCUGGCAUGGCAGAGGUGUGGUCCCUGCUUACUCAACCCAAGAAAAGCAGCAGUGGCAGUAGCAGCACAGGAUCUAUGGGCGGAGGUCCAGUUCCAGGAAAUCCAGUGCCUAAAGUUCCUGCGAACUUCGGCCAGGAUCCCCGUAGAAGGGGUCAUCGUUGA